AGUGCUUCCAAUAUUUUGUGGAAUACUUGAAUGGGUCCUCGAUAAAUAAACGCACCCUAAAGCUUCUAAGUUUGGUAGUUAAAAUAUAUGAGUGAAGACAAGGUAGCAGUCAUAAUGCCUGGCAGCUACAACAGGACUUGUUCUUCUAUGUGUGUCAGUGUUCUGGGCAUGGCCAAGGGCAAGAGGAAGAGAGUGUCAUCAGAACCAACUAAGAAGCAAACAAGGUUUCUUCCUGAUCUCAAUUACCCCCCUCCUCCUGAUUCAAGUGAUGAAGAGGAGCAACUACUUUUUGUUGCUCAAAAAGAUGAGGUUGUGUGGAUUGGUGAAGGCAGUACUAGUGGUGCUGCAUCAAGGGAAGGUGAGAGGGUAGAAGAAAAUGAAAGUGAGAGUAGCUAUAACUGGAUCAAAGGAUAUUGGAACACGGUCCGCAAAUGGAUAUCGUCAAGGAACAAGAAGAAUGCUAGCUGGUGCUGAGUAACUCAAGGUCCAAUGUCAAAGUGUUAAAGAUUUAAGAAUAUAUGUUUCAAUAAGUGUUUUGUUUGAUUUAAUUUGAUCUUUGUUGUGGGAUAUAUAAAUUAAGGUUAAAUAAAUUGGGGCUUCUUUCUUUUGAGUUAAAGAGAGAUGGGGUGGGGCAAGUG